AUGUCCACAAUGAAUAUCGAAUCACGGCCACAACAAUCUUUUGUUUACCCUCAUUUUCAUGAUACUAAGUCUGCGCGAAAGACAAAUAAAGAUAUUGAAAUCGACAAGUCUGUAUAUCACCUGUUAUCACUUUAUUUAAAUACGGAUUCAUUAGAAAAAGUAAACACCAAUUCUUUACUUGCAACCAAGACAACAAAGCGACCAGUACAGUAUCCCUACACAAGGACUAGAUCUUCUAUUUCAUACAAAACUCAAAGAAGUUGGCUUGGUGAGGAGACCCACCAUACUCGCACACAUACUCCACAAGAUACCCUCGUUGACAGAAACACUGCCGAAAAUUCUAAAACGAUACACUAUAAUGAUAACAAUAUGACCAAAAUAAAUAAAAGGUCCAAAUCUGUAUCAUUUAAUGAAACUGUGACAAUCAUAAUAUCACAAGACAAUAAAUUUUCGAGUCAACUCAAACAGCAGCUCGAUAAAAACGAAACUGAAGAUGACGAUGAUUCGAUAUUUGUGGAUGCUCUUGAAUUUAUCUGGUGA